UUUUGGCAAGCUUUUUGGCAGGCUGCCCCGGCACGAGCAUGGAGCUCGACCGCCUUGCGGAAGCCAGUCCGAUGCCGCGGCGGCGCGUCGCCUUCGCGGACCUGAGCAAUAGUGCUGAGCGCGCGGCCACGCGAAAGAAGCCGGUUGCUCGGACGCAAGCAGCGCCCAGCCCCAGCAUUCCGCUGCCGUCCCCCAGCCCCGCCGCGUCGAGCGAGUACCCGCCGUGGACGCGCUGCUUCGACCCGCGCUACAAGUAUCAUUAUUGGUACAAUCAUGAGCGAGGCGUCAGCACCUGGACCGAGCCGGACGAGGCCUGGGUCGACGAGCAGCCCGCGGCCGCCGAGGACGGUGACUUCUGGGCGAGCUGGUUCGACGGAGACGCCGACGAGGCCAUCCGCCGGGAGGCGGCCGCCAGGACGGCGGAGGCCGCGCGCUCGGAGAAGCUCCGCACCGAGGUGCGCGACCGUAUAGUCCGGAGUGCCGCCGCGCCUGCUGCGAUAGCAGCGGCGUCACCUGUCGCUGUACAGCCGGAGGUCGAAGCGCCACCGGCCGUCACCUCGUCGUCGCCUGCCGUCGUUGCGCCCCCAGCCGCGCCGGCCGCCGUCGCCGCGCCGUUGGCGGUCGUCGAUCAACCAAUCGUCGCCACGCCGUCGCCCGCGAAGGUCGCCACAUCAAACGGCGACCUCACCGCGCGCGACGCCCUGCUCGGAAUCCUGACCGCGCUCCUCGCGGCGAAUUUGUAUUUUGCGAUUUACGACCAGCGGCGCGCUGUCGAGACCGCGCCACCGCCCGUCGAAGUCAUACUCUCCAACGCGACGGAACUCGUGAUCCCAGUGAAAGCGGACUUGCCCGCCGCGGCGCGCGCCGGGGGCGUCCUGACGAUGGUGCUAGCGCCGCUGCGAGCGUUCCUCGGCGGGCUCGCACGGCUCUUGGUGCCACGAUUCCCAACAAUUGCAUAACAUAAGUUAGUCACACAUGACAG